CGAAAUGAUGCGAGGCCGAUGCCGAGCUCCAGAACGAUCGCAGCACGAUGGGCGGCUGUAGACCACUGUUCGGUCGACUACACGCAGUCGCGGAAUCGUCAGAGCGACGACAUUCAAGCAUAAUCGACCGCUGUACUUUGGCAUGGUGCACUAAAGGCCGGGGGCUAAACAACAAAAUUCUGAUCGGGGAUAGCUGCUAUAGUUUCUCUUCCCUGGAUCUGGAGGAGGAGGAGGAGGAGUCCGGUCCGAGGAAGAGCUUGAAUUGUGAAAGUCCGCACAGAGCGAAUAAUGGCGCUCUGGCUAAGAUUGAUAUAAGCCUUGCGAGCGUGGAGGGCCUUCUUGUGUCUCUCGAGACGGGAUCAUUCGGUUGUGGUAAUGGUACAAGUUGCUCGCAGUCUCGAAAUCUGAUUCAUCUGGAAAGAGUCUCAACAGACGGACUACAUUCCCUCAAGGCACCACUCAAGCCCAGCCUGGUAGUCAGUUAGACAGUUAGUUAGUCAGUCAGUCAGUCAUUCAGCGAUUCCGGCGUGAGCCACAACCAUCAGUACAAGAAGUGUCUGAAGGUGCAGAUUCCAAGAUUGAUCGCUUCACAGACCGAGUACUCGUUAGUAUCUAGAUUGGGAAGCUCAACGCCAACGAAUUGGGUCCGUGCACAGGAUUCAGAUUAGCUGCAUCGAUUUCUGGGCUCAACCUGGAACUAGUUGUUGUGUUGGUGGUCGGGACUCGCUCAGGCUCAUCAAGCCUGCAGCUGGAAGAACACGCAGUCUGUUUGUUGCUCUCAGCAAGAGGCAUGCCAUGUACAAUCUUCCGUUUGUUUGAGAUUGUUUUCAGACUGGAUCCGAUGUGGGCCAGGGAACAAUGUCAUAUGCGGAACUCAGAGAUUGAACUGUAAAUUACUGAUGACAGUCGAGCCGUCAUAGUUGAAUGACACAAAACGCUCAAGAGGAGAUUGAGGAGAUUGAGGAGGUUGAGGAGGUUGACAGUAACGAUCUUUUCAGAUUCUCCAGCUUCAAUCAGAUCUCAUCCAGCGUUCAGCAGUCGUCCUACAGCAUCAAUUUCAGCGAAGGAAGCAAAAGUUUCCCCGGAAGAGUCAUCACUGUCAGAAGGACUGUCUGUCAGGUGCUGGAGGAGAUUUCCAUAAUGGAAGCGAAUUCGGAGAAACCCAGCAAGUCCGCGGUCCAGAAGGCCGGUCAGUUUGGAGGACGUAUUCUGAAGAGCCUCUUCGACAGUUCGCCGGCGGAGGUUGUCUUCAGUGAGAGCAAAAAGGCGAAGGAGGCCAAGGAGGCCAAGGAGCGGGAGCUAAAACUGGCGAAUGCGAAGAGUUCGAGCAGCAAAUCCUCUUCGAGUUCAGGGUCUGGAGGUAAACCUUACACCAUAGCAAGUGUUUCUCCUCCACCUCGAAAACCGGCGGUGCCUGUAGAAUUUGGUGGGUAUGAGGAGCCCUUGUGCUCUCCAUUGUACCCAGUACCCCGUAAGAACAACCCGCGGCAGAUUAAUUACACUGAGCAUGACAAUUUCAUAACCCCCGGGAUAAGGGCGUAUCCGAAACCCCGAGAAAGCCCUGCCAUGUACUCAAAGUACUCGUUGGAAAAGGAAUCCCCGGGCCGAUCGAGCCGGACAACCAGCACCGAGACAAGUACGCACUCGGUAAAUCUUGAGUCCGAAUUCGACCUAUCCACUGAUUCUACUGGAGAUAGGACAUCCAGACGAGAAAAGGAGAGGAACCAACAGGCGCUGAUUGACCGUCUCCAUGCUGAGGCUCUAAAAAUGAAGCUUGAAAAAGCUGAGGAGGAAAUGCAGAAGUUACGGAUGGAGGUACAUUCUCAGGCUGAUCCUGAAACUCCAACUCAGUUGGACGUAUAUCGAUCCGAGAACAACAGCAACACACAAUCCUCAGUUGACGGUGAACGUCGUGGCAUCAGCCGAAUCAAUUCACUUGAUGACGGGGGCUCCUACGGUGGUCGCCAACAGCAACAGCAACAACAAGAGUACAAUGCGUCAUAUGGAUCCAGGCCCGAAAUCGCACCCCUUAGGUCUACUCUUUUUGUGGCCGACGAAGAGGACGGAAAGGCGCAACAGCAUGACAUCAUCGAUCGCGACAUCGGAUCUAAUCAUUGGGUGGACUAUCAACCGGAGCUGGAGAUCCUAAAUGAGCCUCCGAUGCAGGUCGAUAAUGCGUGGAGGUCGGCGCAGAUGUACACAUUCCUACAAGAUGCUGCGGCUGUGAACACUGUCAGCGGUCCUACUGGCACCCAGAAACAAGAUAGGUCUGAGAAGAAAAUCGCCUUCUCCGUUCAGAAAGUAGAGCAACAAUCGAGAACUCACUCCAGAUCUGUGUCCAGAGUCGAGAGCCCUUCGAAUCUUCAACAAGAGCAGCAGCGAUACUCUCAGCUGAGAAAUCAGUCCGGGUCAGAAGGGAGUCUGACUUCUCUCCAGAUUCAACAUCAACAGAUUCAGCAGUCUAGACGCGAAAGUCCUUCUUCGAUGCAACAGCACAUGUCUCGAUCGGAAGAGAGUCUGUCUUCUCUGCAAAUUCAGCAUCAACAGAUUCUGCAGUCCAGACGGGAAAGUCCCACGUCAAUGCAACAGCUCAAUUCUCGAUCAGAGGAGAGUCUGUCAUCUCUGCAAAUUCAGCAUCAACAGAUUCAGCAGUCCAGACGCGGAAGCCCCGCCUCAAUGCAGCAGCAGCAGCAGCAAAUGCACAGCGUGGAACGGACCCAAUCGGUCGAAACGUUGUCGUCCACAGCCCAGCAGCAAAGACAUGUCAUCCAGCGAACCAAAUCCACGGAGAGUAAUACGUCCAGCAAAAGCAACCCCUCUCCGAGAGGUAGUAGCAUCGCUUCGCGCACCAGGAACACCACCAUCGCCGAGCGCAUUAGCCGAACCCACAACGUACAGCAGCCCAUGUCUCCUCCUCAAUCCGACUUCCUUCGACAGCAGCAACCGCCGCAGUCAGAGCCAUUUCAGUAUCGACAGCAGCCACAGGCCGAGCUGGAAUUCGACCGUCGACAGCCUCAGCAACCGGAGCAGUUGCACUAUCGACAGAAUCAGCAGCAGCAUCAGCAUCAGCAGCAGCAGCCGUCCGUGUCGACUCCUCAGCAGCAGUAUUCCGAUUAUCAGCGGCUCCCUCAACCCGAACUUCCCCAGCGACAGCAACAGUCAGCACCUCAGCAAGAAUAUCGCCAGCAGCAGCAGUCACAUCCGAUGUUGAUGACGCAGCCGCUCGAAAAUUUCAGACAGCCACAGCCCCAGCCCACAGAGCAGUACAGAGAGCUGCAACAACAGAAUUCCUUCUCUCUGCAGCCUCUGCAACCCGAGCAACAAAGACAGCAGCCGCAGUCGGAGCCACGGGACGAGCCAGGGCACCACCGUUCCAAGAGCCUCACCUUCCCAACCAUGCCCCAACUCUCUCUCGACAUAAAGCCAUCUUUCGACCUGGACGACGCCUCCUCUUCUCCUCUGCAGCUCUCUCCUACAUCCUCCGGUCUCAUCACACCGACCAGCAUGGCUCCUCCGACAGUGUUCCAAAGCGAUGCAGAGCGGGCAGCGUACCAACAUCAAAAGACCAUGGAGAAGCUGUACAAUGCGCGCCGCAACCGAGAGGCCAUCCUGCUCAACAACAGAUCCCGACCUGUCACUGGCGGAUACAGUUAGUUCUUUCACAAACUCAUAAUCUGAUUCAGAUGAACACGACACGAGGUUUUUUCGAUGAAACACACUCGGCAGCCUUAUUAACACACGACGGGGGGUUAACCCCUGGUUCACCCUUAGCUCACUACAACAACAUAAUACGGUUUUGGACGGUACAAUUUAGUGAACCUCUUAUUUUCUUUCUAGGGACUUUGUUUGUAAAUAUCACGAUCUAUCAUUUUUCUCGUUAUGGUGUAAAGAUGUAGUUGAUUAUGUAACAUUGCAGGGAAGUCUACCAUCGUGGCUUGAAACAUUUUCUCCAUUUUGGCUGGAAGGAAGGUGUUGAUAGAUUGCUGGUUACCUAGACUUUCAUACGAAGGAUUCUAGAUGAAUCCAAUCUUUGUACGAAUUUCUUCCAAGAAGAUAUAAAUCAGUGCUAUAUCCUUCUUCUGCG